AUGUCGCACGCAGCCAUGCAAGCUUCAUCAGUUCUCUCUGAAACUAGACCAGACAGUCUGAUGCCACAAUCACUCUUGUCUCUCCCAUCCCUCAAGCAGUACAUGGUCCACCGAUUGGUUCACGAAGGAACAUCCAUCAUCACCAUGGAAGCCGCAUUGAGCCACUACGCUAGUCAUUACCACACCAUGGCCCAAGUAUGUGCUGGAGCAAGUGAAGGCACCAUUACUUUCAUGGCAGAUAAGUUGUUCUGGCGGCCCCAUGAGCAGUUUCCCCGCCAAGGUUGUUACUUGACUCCGCAUGAUAAGGAGGUCAUUCAUAGGGCAUAUAGCAAGAUUCCUGUCGAACGUUUGAAUGCCAUGAAUGACCAAUUGUAUCGUGCCCAACAGCAGAGGUGUCUUCAGUUCUAUGUCCAGGAGGCUCAGGCAUGGAGCAAGAGUAUUGAAGAUAAGAUUGCGCAGAUGGAACAGAGAGGAGAGAAGAUUGAGGACCAUGAGGCAGAUGCUCACCAAGAUGAAGGUUUACAGCAAUUGGCGCAACUUGAGUACAUCGCGUUUAGAGUUACACAGGAGUUUCUAAAGAGUGGUAAUGAGAAGCCUAUUAGGCCUUUUAAUGUACUUGAGGCGUUGCAAUUGACUCGGCCAGAUGAAGAAUUUCCAAGAGAAAAUGCGCACAUUCUCGUGAAUAACAAAGAUGGCAAAGCUACGGAGAAAAACAAAAGCAUUGUUAGACAAGUAAAGCAGGAUAUUAAGCAUGCAGAUACUCACAAUCAACAGAAUGAAGCAUCAGAAGUGGCACCGAAGCACAAUACCUCCAACUCAAAUAAACCAGUAAAGACCACCAAUUUCAAAGAAGGUUCGCGACCAAGGCAGAAUGCUCUAACUAGAGGCCGCACCAAGGCUAUGAGUGACACUAGAGCCAUAGAUUGGGGAAUCCUUACAAUACAACGAAGAAAAGAACACCAGAGGAAGUUGAAACAAAACUUCUCGAACAAGAAGCAGGCGGCGGAAGCAUCAGCACGAGUCUUGUCCAACCACACUUCGAAGGCAUCUGUACUAAGUGAACACCCACGGAUAUCACAAGAAGGGUCAAAGAAAGCGCAAUCGGCGUUCUUGACCACGCAACUGCAGAGUGAGUUAUCAGUAGCAGGCGUGGCUGCAACGACAGCACACAAGGACUCAGAACCAUUGGAAGACUCACGACACUCGUCUGAAAUAGCACAAGAUCUUCAACUAGAUCAUUCCUCAAAUCGGCCCCAGACACUUGAUGAGAUGAUUGAAGAAGAAAAAGAGAUUGCAAGUCAACCUAGAUCUGUGCGUGCAUCUUGUCCCAGUCCCGAGGAGAAUAGAAAGACAUGUCAGGGAGGGGAUGCAUUGGGGGCGGCUGGCAGUGGAAUUAAAGAAGCAUCAAAUGACAGCCCCUACUUAGCUAUGUCUCUUGCGGCGGAGUUGGAGUUAGAGUUGGGAGCAGCGAACUGCAUGCUGGAUGCAUCGUGGCAGCAUUAUGAGCUGUUUGAGACGUACUUCCAUAUCGAAACCGAGGGAAGAGUUCUUACACAGAUAUAG